AUGUUGGCCUUGUGCAUUAAGCGUGCAUCUUUCAAAUCUGAGGUUGCCUUGGAAUUACGGCUGGGCGCUAAUGAAACAUCAUCAUGCCUUAGAAAAUCGAUGGCGUGUGAAUUCACCCGGAUACCACACGAGUUUCAGGUUCAAACUCAAAUAGCUGAAAUGCAAAGCCAUCUUAAAUUUUUGGAAUCCUUAUACAGGGCACGACAGGAGGAUAUCAUUAAUUUGGAGCACAAAAUUGGAACCACUUCCAUCAAUGUUUCACAGCGUCCAACUGUUAAUGAUAACCAAAAUACAAUAAACUCGGACGUUACAACUCUGCUUAACAACUCGGACACCACGAUCUCACUAGCAUUGCGCACCCAAGAACUAGCCUCGAUGAAAUCAGUAUUCGUUUUCCAACUUCUGCCUUAUCUGAUGAAUGAUCCUGCAAGUCUACGUCCAGCCUUCCACAUGCAGGCGAACCGUGGAUUUGUGAAAAAUGUAAUAGGAAUACCAACUGUAAAGCGAGAUAAGGAGUCAUACCUUAUGGUCACCUUGACGCAUUUAAUCGCGGGCUUGAAUGACGAAGACUUAGAAGACACAUUGAUUGUAAUCUUCGUGGGCGACACCGACAUCCAAUACGUCAUGAAUAUUGCUAAUGAAAUCAAGGGAAAAUUUCCGCAACACGUCGAAAGUGGGCUCAUCGAGCUGCUGUCACCAAGUGCCGCAUAUUACCCUGAUUUUGAAUCAAUUCCGUUGAGCCUUGGCGAUUCGGCUAAGCGCGUCAAAUGGAGGACAAAGCAAAAUUUGGAUACACUCUAUCUAAUGGCGUAUGGCCAAUCCCGUGGUACAUAUUAUCUGAUGCUUGAAGAUGAUGUUAAAGCGAAGAAAUCGUUUAUGAAGGAUAUAAAACAAUUUACGGCAAGUACAUCUGUCUCGGUGCCCAAUUGGUUUUUUAUAGAAUACUGUUCUGUUGGUGGCAUUGGGAAGCUGUUCAAAUCCUCUGAUCUCGUACAUUUUAUCACCUACGUGCAGCUCUUUUAUUACAAUAUGCCCAUUGAUUGGCUACUUGAGAGCUACUUGGCUGAUCGCGUGUGCGCUAUUGACAAGACAAGUAAACAAUGUGGGGAUAGCAAAAUUCUAAUCCGCCCCAAGUACAAGGAGUCUCUCUUUGAACACCUUGGGUUUUUUUCUUCUCUGAAAGGAAAGAUUCAAAAAGUCAAGGACCACGAAAUCACCGGCGUUUUACCUAACCACUUCCCACACCAGAAUCCACCUGCUCGUGAAGUGAAAACGGACAUCGAAGUUCACGAUAACUAUCAUAUCAUCAAUGCCUACAAUGGAGAUACUUACUUUUGGGGUGUUACUCCGAAGGCGGGAGCUUUAAUCGAGUUCUGGUUCGCUAAACCAACAGACGUUAUAGGAUACACGUUCCGCACCGGCAACGGCCUGCAUCCGACUGACAUAUUGAAGGACGGUGUAGUUGAAAUCUACCCUCACGACAAACGAGAAUUUACUACGAUUGACGCUUUCGACGAAUUCGGUCUUGCUGAGGGCGCGAUUAAACCUGAAUAUGCCCCCCUCGAUGCAAUCCGUAUCCGUGUUACCAAGACUUUGUCUCGCUGGCUCGUUCUUAGCGAGAUUGACCUGAAGACGGCUAACAAGACAGUUGAGGACUGA